GCCGUUAAGGCGCGACGGAGGCUGUGUGUUUGUUUACUGCUAAGCCGCCUGUUCAGCGAAAGUUCUGGACUAAAAUGCGGAUUCCUGCAGAAUAACGAGCGGAGAAACAAGCACCAUUCACCGGUCGUGUAAACGAACAGCUCACACCGCCUUUACAGCAACUUUACUGGAGAUUUCGGACUGAGCGCGUGGUCGUUUGAGGAGCUGGAAAAGACUUCGCCCCCCGCCCGGGCCACCAGCUUAGCUUAGCUUAGCUUAGCACAGCCUAGGCUGCACUAAUCCUUGCUUAGCGUAGCUUAGCUUAGCACAGCACAGCCUCGCUGUUGGGACUGGGUCUCCGCUCAAAAGGCAGCUCUCUGACUACGAGAUGUGUUAACUUGGUUGAAGAGGAAACCAAGAAGAGCCAGAAGCCUCUCGAGACGUUUUCUGUGGAUCUGCGAUUCGGGAUCAUGUCUUCCUUUUCCGAAUCCGCCCUGGAGAAGAAGCUGUCCGAGCUCAGCAACUCUCAGCAGAGCGUUCAGACUCUGUCUCUGUGGAUCAUUCACCACCGCAAACACUCGGGCUCCAUCGUGAGGGUUUGGCACAGAGAGCUGAAGAAAGGUAGGUGCAGAGCCAAAAGCAGCCGGAAGCUGACCUUCCUUUACCUCGCCAACGAUGUGAUUCAGAACAGUAAGAAAAAGGGACCCGAGUUCACACGAGAUUUUGAGGGAGUCCUCGUUGAUGCCUGCUCACACGUAGCAAGAGAGACAGAUGACAGCUGUAAGAAGCACAUGGAGAGGCUGCUGAAUAUCUGGCAGGAGCGCAAUCUGUACCGCGCAGACUUCAUCCAGCAGCUCAAACUAGCCAUCGAAGACUCCAACAGCCCGAGACAAAGAAAUACAGCAGAUGAGAAAAAAAGCUUGAAAAGAAGUUUCCAGAAAGUUCAAGAAGAAGAAGAGGAAGAGGAUGAUGACGAUGAUUACAGAACUCACUAUUCUCCCCGUGAAACAGAUGCAGGUGGCCCACAGCUGACGGAGGAGCUGGUGAAGGCCCUGCAGGAUCUGGAGAACGCUGCGUCUGGAGAUGCUGCUGUCCGCCAAAAAAUCGCCUCGCUGCCUCAGGAAGUGCAGGAUGUCUCCCUCCUAGAGAAGAUCACAGAUAAGGAGGCGGCAGACAAACUGUCUAAGACGGUGGACGAAGCGUGCCUGCUGCUGGCGGAGUAUAAUGGGCGGCUGGCGGCAGAGCUGGAGGACCGCAGGCAGCUGGCCCGCAUGCUAACAGAGUACAUUCACACCCAGAAAGAGGCGCUCAGUGAAAGAGAGAAAAAACUUGAGGAGUACAAACAGAAGCUGGCACGAGUAACGCAGGUCAGGAAGGAACUAAAGUCUCACAUCCAGAGCCUGCCGGACCUCUCUCUGCUACCCAACGUGACCGGAGGACUGGCCCCACUCCCUUCUGCAGGAGAUUUGUUCUCCACUGACUGAUCCACGCACAUACAAACAAGCAAACACAGGACAGGAUCCCUUCUUUUUCUCUAGCUUUCUCUCUUUUUCUCUAACCUCUCUGUCUUCCUCAGUUCAUUUCUGUCAGCUCCAUCACAUCCAGAACUUCCAUUACUGGAAGUCGCCACGGAGCACAAAACCAACCGGACUGUGGUUCGACCGACACCAGCUGACCAGCUCAGAUCUAGCCAAUCCCCAACCCCUGUCUUUUCAUUUGGUUUUUAAAAGGAAACUCUGGCCACUGACUUUUUGCUUUAGCUGUGGAGUUCCACCGAGAGCAAACAUGGUAUUUGCUGGUCCUGCUUUUGUCCUGCUGUGAAAGUAGCAGCAUCUCAUGCUGUUGUACCUUUAUUAGGGUAUAAGUUUUAUUGCUUUAAAGUGUCAUUUUGCUUUGUUUGCUGAUUAAUUCUUCCAUUGGGUGUGGCCUGCGUAUGGAGAGAUACUUUGAAGGCUUUUUUUCAGUUUGUCACUCACUCGCACAAGCUGUGUACCUGAAAUAAAAGCCAUUUGGGUUUACUUCUUGUAAACGAUAUUGUAUUUAUCGUUUUGUGCUGCCUGAAAACUAUAGCUAAGUGAGCAGCAGUGGAGUCCAUGUUUCAAAUAAGCUCGUCAUGUCAGAUGAUUUUUGCCUCGCUUAUCAUUUUUUAGGGCAGGGCUAACUAGGACUGGGCGUUAUACUGUGAGCAUAUUGUUAUUCUGAAUCUGAUGAGUAUAAAAAUAAUAGUUCAGAGCUUUGUGUUAAAACUUAGUUUGUUUUGCUGCAGUAACAAUGUUUUACGAAAUUAAUCAUGAUUUUUGCUCGUGUUGCCCAGCCCUUGGAUACUGAAUCCAUAGCGUGGUCUGUUUUGUUGUCUAGUACUGCGUCCAGAAAAAGCAGAACUACGGUAUUUUUUAUUUUUUUUUGUCUCCAAACAUGAUCUUCUCUUUGUUUCAGCAAUGCCUCAACCACCACCAUCCAUUAAGCUAUAGACUGCAUAUUGUUUAAAAAAUGUCUCUGAGCUGCUGGCGUUUGAGUCAGAACAGUGACGAGGAGGUGGCUUGAUUCAGAACGGAGCGCACCAAUCAGGAUGAAGCUUUCACAGCUCAGUGUGCAGACCACCCUCCUGGACUGGUGUGAAUUCAGUCAAACUCCAGGAUUUCCAUAAUCAAAUGUCCUUGGUCCUGUUCAUGGUUGUGCCAGAGACACCAACAUCAUGAUGCCUAUGUUCAUACAGGGUCUGCUGUUAAAUGAGAUACAAAAAUAGACUCUGUCUGAACUCCUUGUGACAUAAACUCUGGAUGAAUAUCUCCAAAAUGUCUUCUUUUGCAGGUGAACUGAUGUUGGUUUUCGGUAGAUUUUCACAUUUGACUCUCAAGACUGAAAAAUCAAAGCUAUUGACUUCACAGACGAACGUUUCACCCUACAGACUCACCCAUUAUGACAGUAUACAACAACCAGAACAACUGACAAUCAGUAGCUUUCUUUUGUUUUUCACUUUUUACAGGUAAGUGUACUACAAAACUGGAUGCGGGGCUUAGCAAGAAAAAAUUAAGGCAUCUGGGUUAUUUUCAAUGAUAAUUCAGGUCUGUCUUAAGUCCAGCUUUGCCGUACACAGUAUCAGACACUUCAGCAUUCCUUGCCAAUAGUGGCAGUAGAAUGUAGUGAUCAGAAACAUACACAUUGUUUUUGCCUUCUUUGAUAGAAUAAAUAAUAGACUUUGUCCCUGCUAAGCCUUUUCUUUAUCAGCAUUUUCUUUUUCCCAAAGAAUGAACAGACAAUAAACUGAAAUAGUGAAUUCCA